AUGGGGGCUAAAACGUCAAAACUUUCGAAAGAUGAUCUGACUAGUCUAAAACAGUCGACAUACUUUGAUAGAAGAGAGAUUCAACAGUGGCAUAAAGGUUUCUUAAGAGAUUGUCCGAAUGGAUAUUUAACAAGGGAAGAUUUUGUCAAAAUAUAUCAACAAUUUUUUCCAUUUGGUUCGCCAGAAGAUUUUGCUAACCAUUUAUUUACAGUAUUUGAUCACGACAAUAAUGGAUUCAUUGAAUUUAAAGAAUUUAUUACUGUUUUAAGUACUACUUCCAGGGGUACAUUAGAAGAAAAACUAAGCUGGGCAUUUAGACUGUAUGAUAUAAAUAAUGAUGGGUAUAUAACAUAUGAUGAAAUGUUGACCAUUGUAAGCAGUGUUUAUAAGAUGAUGGGAUCCAUGGUGAAAUUAGAUGAUGAUGAAGCUACGCCUGAAUUACGUGUUGAUAAAAUAUUUAGACUUAUGGAUAGGGACAAAGAUGGAUAUAUUACACUAGACGAAUUUAAAGAUGGAUCUAAAGUUGAUCCUACCAUAGUUGGUGCAUUAAAUUUAUACGAUGGGUUAAUAUAG